AUGGCUGCAAGGCGAAUUGCACCGCCAUGCGCGCCCAUCAGCAGAUUAAGCUUCCCAAGAUCUCACCCAUCCUCUCAUAUACAACCGCGACAUCACAAAACCACACUCACAAUACAAAGGCCCCCUCAAAGGUCAUUCGCCUCUCCGCGCAAAGCCCCCUCCAACACCGAAAUCUUCUCACUAUCAGAAAUCCCAGCUAGCUCCUUCGAAGCCGUCAUCUCCCGCAACGGCAACUCAUUCCAGGCCCUCAAACCAGAAGAAUACUACGCCGUAGCCCAAAGGUUCUCAGAAGCAAUUCACCGCGGGUCCUCCCCGUGGACAGCCUCACUCACAGGCAAAGAUGCGAUUCCAGCAGAAACACUACACCAAGUAGCAUGUAUCAUGCGCCAAAUCACAGGUCCCCGAAGCGCAGACGCCUUCGCCACGGCCCUGUGGUCAACAGCCUCGGAGAUGGGCUACCGGCCGUCCACGCUCUCUCUCGCAAGGCAGCUCAUCCGAUCAGGGGCGUAUAGUCGUAUCCCACAGCUGCGGAGGGUGGAAGCCCGUUUUAAGGGUCUGGUGUCUACGGGGAAGGAUGCGGAUGCGCUGACUGCAGAAGGAGAAUUGCUGUUUGAGCAGGGGCGGUUCGAAGCCGCGGCCACGGCAUUGAACAAGGCGUUGAAGAUGGGCGAGUUUGAAUGGCGGCCGUAUUGCGAAUUGUGUCUAGGGAGGGCGUACAUACGAUUGGGAAAAGUUGAUGAAGCGAGGGGUUUGUUUCAAAAGUUGGCGGAGGAAGGGGCUGUUGAGGCGGAUAUGGAGCUGGGUGAGAUGCUGAGGGAGAGUGAUGGGGAUGGAGCGCGGCAGAGGAUGUUUACUGCUGCUUGUAAUGGGAGGAGGGAUAUGUUUACGCGUCUUUCGGAAAUGGAGUUGGAGAGGGAUGGCGAGAAGAGCGUUGAGGAGAGAAGAUUGUGGGCUUUGGAGUGGUCGAAACUUGCAGAUGGGAGGGUUGAAUAUUGA